UCUCCGCGCAGCCCAGCCCGAGCGCCGCGCGCCGCCGCCACUGCAGCUCUCGGCCCCUUCGCCUCCGCCCGCCUUUCCCGCUGCCGAUUUGCCUUAAACUCCCUAAAAUCUCCGCAGCCCCGGUUCCUGCUGCGGCCGGUCUCUAAUUAAUAGAAGAUGGCAAAGCCCAGCCACAGCAGCUACGUCCUUCAGCAGCUAAACAACCAAAGGGAAUGGGGUUUUCUCUGUGACUGUUGUAUUGCAAUUGAUGACAUUUACUUUCAAGCACACAAAGCUGUUCUAGCUGCUUGUAGCUCCUAUUUUAGAAUGUUUUUCAUGAACCAUCAGCAUAGUACUGCACAACUGAAUCUCAGCAACAUGAAAAUUAGUGCUGAGUGUUUUGAUCUCAUUUUGCAGUUCAUGUAUUUAGGAAAAAUUAUGACAGCUCCUUCCAGUUUUGAACAGUUUAAAGUGGCAAUGAACUACCUGCAGCUGUACAAUGUCCCUGACUGCUUAGAAGACAUACAGGAUGCAGAUUGUUCUAGUUCAAAAUGUUCAUCUUCUGCUUCUAGCAAACAGAACAGCAAAAUGAUAUUUGGGGUGAGAAUGUAUGAAGACACUGUGGCUAGAAAUGGCAGUGAAGCUAAUAGGUGGUGUGCAGAGCCAAGUUCAACAGUGAAUACACCACAUAAUAGAGAGCCUGAUGAAGAGUCGUUGCAAUUAGGUAAUUUUCCUGAGCCAUUAUUUGAUGUAUGUAAAAAGAGUUCUGUGUCCAAAUUAUCUACUCCAAAAGAACGUGUAUCACGACGCUUUGGACGGAGUUUCACCUGUGAUAGUUGUGGAUUUGGCUUUAGCUGUGAAAAAUUACUAGAUGAGCAUGUGCUAACCUGUACUAACAGACAUUCAUACCAAAACACAAGAUCCUAUCAUAGGUUAGUGGAUAUUCGAGAUGGAAAAGACAGUAAUAUCAAAGCUGAAUUUGGUGAAAAGGAUUCUUCUAAAACCUUUUCUGCACAGACAGACAAAUACAGAGGAGACACAAGCCAGGCUGCUGAUGAUUCGGCUUCAACUACUGGAAGCAGGAAAAGUAGCACAGUGGAGUCUGAACUAGCCAGUGAAGAAAAAAGCAGAGCUGCUGAGAGGAAAAGAAUCAUCAUUAAGAUGGAACCAGAAGAUAUUCCUACAGAUGAACUGAAAGACUUUAACAUUAUUAAAGUUACUGAUAAAGACUGUAAUGAGUCCACUGACAAUGAUGAGUUAGAAGACGAAGCUGAAGAACCAUUUUAUAGAUACUAUGUUGAAGAAGAUGUCAGUAUUAAAAAAAGUGGGAGGAAAACUCUAAAACCUCGGAUGUCAAUAAAUGCUGAUGAAAGAGGUGGUUUAGAAAAUAUGAGGCCCCCGAACAACAGCAGUCCUGUACAAGAGGAUACUGAAAAUGCUUCUUGUGAGCUGUGUGGGCUCACAAUAACUGAGGAGGACCUGUCAUCUCAUUACUUAGCCAAACACAUCGAAAAUAUCUGCGCAUGUGGCAAAUGUGGACAAAUACUUGUGAAGGGUAGACAGCUUCAGGAGCAUGCCCAGAGAUGCGGAGAGCCCCAAGAUCUGACGAUGAAUGGGUUAGGAAAUGCCGAGGAGAAGAUGGACAUGGAAGAGAAUCCUGAUGAACAGUCAGAAAUAAGGGAUAUGUUUGUUGAAAUGUUGGAUGAUUUUAGAGACAAUCAUUUCCAGAUAAACAGUAUCCAAAAGAAGCAGUUAUUUAAACAUUCUGCCUGUCCUUUUCGAUGUCCUAAUUGUGGCCAGCGAUUUGAAACUGAAAAUCUAGUGGUUGAACAUAUGUCUAGCUGCCUAGACCAAGAUGUGUUUAAGAGUGCCAUCAUGGAAGAGAAUGAAAGAGAUCACAGACGAAAGCAUUUUUGUAACCUGUGUGGGAAAGGAUUUUAUCAGCGGUGUCACUUAAGAGAACACUAUACUGUUCAUACCAAGGAAAAACAGUUUGUUUGUCAGACAUGUGGAAAGCAGUUUUUAAGAGAACGUCAAUUGCGCCUGCACAAUGACAUGCACAAAGGCAUGGCCAGUGAUAGAAGUGCUCUGAAGGCUUUGACAAUGCCUAAGAUCCCAGGAUACCAAAAGGCUCUGUGGGAACAUACCUUUGUGGAAUGUCUCCCAUCUCCUGAUACCUGAGGUGCAGUAAACAAGGUGAUAGAAUGAAUGCCAGGGAACUGAAGCAAGUAAAGUUAGAUUUGGUGUUAGAAUUUGUGGCCCAGAUUUGGAAGUCUAUGAACUACCCAUCCCAGGGCUCUCAGUAAUCCCAUCAUCCACUUCAUUAACACUCUUUGUACUCUGCUAAACACUUGAUACAGAUGUAAUUUUAAUGAAUCGUCAUGGCCUUAUGAGGUAAGUAUUCUAUCAAUAAUUUUCCAGAUGGGGGACUGAGGUUCAGUGAGACUGAGUCUUUUUCCAGAGAGCAUACAGAAGCUAAAUACUAGCACUGAAAUUUGAAGCUAAGCCUAUUUGAUUCCUACAUUCCUGUACUUAACCAUUAAGCAACAUACUUGACCAAGAAGUACAAAGAAAAGCCUUUUCAGUUCAGGUAACACGUAUGACAAAGCUCCUAGGAGAUUCUGUGCUCCUUGUUCAUCAUCUGUCAUCUACUGUGCCUGGUAAGAUAGCUGGUAAUAGUGGUACCUAAAUGAACAUAUUGCAUAAUGUGAAAAUAUAUCAGUCAGAAGCAAAACAUUUUUAUUUGAGUAGAUCAUUCAGAAUGAUGUUUUAGAAAUGAAUAUUAAAUACUCUUGUUUUAAUUUCCCUUUAUAUUUCUACCUCUGUGAUGUUUUGCCUCUGUUAUGAUUGUUAUGUUUUAACCUCUCUGACCAGUCAGCAUUUCCUUUUAUUGGUUAUGUGAUAAAUCAUUUGAAAACCUCCAUUGUGCCCCCCCUCAAAUCAGGACCCCAGAAUGUUUUCCUCUUUUGCCUUAGCAGGUGAUGUGGAUAAGAAAUUCUUCAUUUUUUUGGCUAAAAAACAAAACAAAAUCCCUAAUUAUCAUUUUGUAAGGAUUGAAGUUUACAGAUUAAUCUAAGUCUGUCUAAAAACAAAUUAUUCUAGCCAUUUGUAAUUCAAUUUACCAAAAGUAUCUAUGUAUUUCUAGUGUAAGCUUACAAUCUUACUUGUAAAAGAAAUGAAAGAUAAUUUCCGGAAACAAUUGUAUAUCCACCCUAACCUAGCAGCAAACUUUUAAGAAAUGGAAUAGUCUACUGGUUUAAGUGAAACAACAUCCCUCCCCAUCUAAUCGAUUUUAAUUUCAUGCAUCUAUUGCCUGAUUUCUAAAACCUAUACAAUAGGUUUUACUGUUACUUAACAAAGCCUACUACUUUAAUGAUCUCUACCAUCUGCCAAAUGUUAUUUUUUUUAAAAGGUGAGACUAGAAGAAGAAGAUGGUGAAGAUUCCAUACAAAAUAUAUAAUCUUUUAGGUGGCCCACUUUCAUUGCCUUCUAUCAAACUCAAGGACUUAUUCCUUGGUAACAAGGGUUGUUGCUGUUUAGUCCCUAAAUCAUGACUCUUUUGUGACCCCAUGGACUGUAGCCCUCCUGGCUCCUCUGUCCAUGGGAUUUCCCAGGCAAGAAUACUGGAGUGGGUUGCCAUUUCCUUCUCCAGGGGAUCUUCCUGAACCAGGGAUUGAGGCAGUGUCUCUUGCAUCGGCAGGCAGAUUCUUUACUACUGAGCCACCAGGAAAGCUCCAACAUAUGGGUUGAGUCUAGACCAAGUGAAAUUUAGCUACUUAUAAAUUUAUAUGCUGGCAAGAGGCGAAAGUGCAAGGAUUUAGAAUGUUUGUGUCUCUAAAUAUUGGUAAAUAUAAACUAAAUGACAAUAGCAGCUUAUAAAUUCAUGCUAAUUUUAAACUAGUUUAAUAACACAUAUGCAUAUGCUUAGUUGACUUAGCAUUUAGAAGUUAAAUUCAUUUAAGUUGCUCCCUUACUAUAUUUAGGAGAACCAAAUCACUAAGGUCCAUUAUUAGUGACAAAAUUGUUCAUCUUUUCUAUCAAAUUCCACCACAGAUCACUAGUGGGCAGGAAGCCAUUUAUAAUUUUUUUUAAUCAUCUUGCUGGCAAGAAAAAGACUGUAUGAAGAUUAUAAUUGAGUACUUGCCUCUAAAUUAAAUGUAUCAAUGUAC